AUGAAUGACUUCACCUGCAUAGUGAACUGCACUGGUCUCGAGGCCAAGAACUUGGUAGACGACAAACUGUUACAUCCUAUAAGAGGCCAGAUUAUUCGAGUGCACUGCCCCGCUGUGAAACACUUUUUCCUGGAUGACACCUAUUAUGUUUUAUUAAAGUGA